UUUUGGAUUGACCGUUAUUUCGACCAAUCGUUUUGCCGAGCGGUGUUGGGUAACGUUUCCGCUCCACCAAUCAGACCACUGAGAGGCGGGGGCCUGCGUCUGUGCCGUCUUUGUGUUGACAUCUUCGAGGGGAUCGAGAGGAGAGGCCUCCAUCAUCCUCCAUAAUGCUGUCUAGCAAGAAGUCAGAUGCUGGCUCCUCCUCCUCCUCCUCUUCAUCUUCCGCUGGCACAGCAGUAGGUGAUAGGGUCCCGAUGUCUGAUGCCCAGACUGGAACCUCAGCUUCAGCUGCAGGAGCUAUGGAUGUGAAAAAGAAGGAGAGGUCAUCCCCUAGUGGGGAACCUGGAGGAGCCCCUUUGCCCCACCAGGCAGGCCCUGGAGGGGCAGACCCGGACUCUGCUGAAGUCCGCAGGACAAGUCGACGAAAGCGAGCAAAACAGGUGGAGUACCGCGAGAUGGACGAAAGCCUUGCCAAUCUGUCGGAAGACGAAUAUUACUCUGAGGAGGAGAGGAAUGCCAAGGCAGAGAAGGAGAGGAAGCAGGUGAUCCCUCCUCCACCUCCACCAGUAGAGGAAGAGAAUGACAGUGAACCAGAGGAGCCAUCUGGCGUGGAAGGAGCUGCUUUCCAGAGUCGUCUUCCCCACGACCGUAUGACAUCCCAGGAGGCCGCUUGCUUCCCUGACAUCAUCAGUGGUCCCCAGCAGACUCAGAAGGUUUUCCUCUACAUCCGCAACCGUACACUCCAACUAUGGCUGGACAACCCUAAGAUCCAGCUGACCUUUGAGGCCACAGCACAGCAGCUUGAAGCUCCAUACAACAGUGAUGCUGUACUGGUCCACAGGAUACACAGCUACCUGGAAAGGCACGGCCUCAUUAACUUUGGCAUUUAUAAGAGGGUCAAGCCUUUACCCACUAAGAAGACUGGGAAGGUCAUAGUUAUUGGUGGAGGCGUGUCAGGCCUAGCUGCAGCCAGGCAGCUACAGAGCUUUGGGAUGGAUGUUACAGUAUUAGAGGCCCGGGACCGUGUUGGAGGCAGAGUGGCAACAUUUAGGAAGGGCAACUAUGUUGCUGAUCUGGGAGCCAUGGUGGUGACAGGCCUGGGAGGGAACCCCAUGGCAGUGGUCAGCAAGCAGGUUAACAUGGAGCUGGCCAAGAUCAAACAGAAGUGUCCACUGUAUGAAGCCAAUGGCCAGGCUGGUGAACGGUGCACAAGUGUGCCAAAAGAAAAAGAUGAAAUGGUCGAGCAAGAGUUCAACAGGCUGCUGGAGGCCACCUCCUUCCUCAGCCACCAACUGGACUUCAACUUCCUCAACAACAAGCCUGUUUCUCUGGGACAGGCACUGGAGGUGGUCAUUCAGCUGCAGGAGAAGCAUGUAAAAGAUGAGCAAAUAGAACACUGGAAGAAGAUUGUAAAGACUCAGGAAGAUCUCAGGGAUCUUCUCAAUAAGAUGGUGACCGCUAAGGAACGGGUGAAGGAGCUCCAUCAACAGUAUAAAGAGGCCAGUGAAGUCAAACCACCCAGAGAUAUCACAGCAGAGUUUCUGGUGAAGAGCAAACACCGGGACCUUACCGCACUCUGCAAAGAGUAUGAUGAGUUGGUGGAGAUGCAGGUCAAACUGGAGGAGAAGCUGCAGGAGCUGGAGGCCAAUCCACCGAGUGAUGUUUACCUGUCAUCCAGGGAUCGGCAGAUCCUAGACUGGCACUUUGCCAACUUGGAGUUUGCCAAUGCCACACCCCUCUCCACCCUCUCUCUCAAGCACUGGGAUCAGGAUGAUGACUUUGAGUUCACUGGCAGCCACCUGACGGUGAGGAACGGUUACUCGUGUGUUCCCGUGGCCCUGGCUGAAGGCCUGGACAUCAAACUAAACACAGCGGUGCGACAGGUCCGAUACACGGCAUCUGGCUGCGAGGUGAUUGCAGUCAACACUCGCUCCACGACCCAGACCUUCAUUUACAAGUGUGACGCUGUGCUGUGCACCCUGCCCCUCGGUGUGUUGAAGCAGCAGCCCCCCGCCGUGCAGUUUGUUCCCCCACUGCCUGAGUGGAAAACAUCUGCCAUACAGAGGAUGGGCUUUGGCAACCUCAACAAGGUGGUGUUGUGUUUUGAUCGUGUAUUCUGGGAUCCCAGUGUCAAUCUGUUUGGUCACGUCGGCUCCACCACAGCAAGUCGGGGUGAACUCUUCCUCUUCUGGAACCUCUACAAAGCCCCGAUCCUUCUCGCUCUGAUGGCCGGUGAGGCCGCCGGCAUCAUGGAGAACAUCAGCGAUGAUGUCAUUGUCGGACGCUGUCUGGCCAUUCUCAAGGGAAUAUUUGGAAGCAGCGCUGUACCACAGCCCAAGGAAACUGUGGUCACUCGUUGGCGAGCAGACCCCUGGGCACGAGGCUCUUACUCGUACGUCGCAGCAGGUUCUUCGGGGAACGACUACGACCUCAUGGCACAGCCCAUCACGCCCGGGCCGGCCAUCCCGGGAGCCUCGCAGCCUGUCCCACGUUUGUUCUUUGCCGGUGAGCACACCAUCAGGAAUUACCCGGCCACAGUUCACGGCGCACUCCUCAGCGGGCUCCGCGAAGCCGGGCGCAUCGCAGAUCAGUUCCUCGGCGCCAUGUACACACUUCCCCGACAGGCCACUCCCACAGCCGCCAGCAACCCUCCGCAGGCCCAGCCCACCCCGAGUGUCUGAAGUGAUCCCAGCCACCUCUGGACGGUCGGACCGAAGAGAACAGUUUGUGAGAAGAGUCUCAAGGUUUACUAACAAAAUGUUGAUAUUUCUGUAUGUGAGAGAUCUUGAAAGUCCAGGAAACAACUUUGCCUCUUUGCCUUCUUGCUAAAAAAAUAAUGACAUCUCUAGAGUUUAUUUUCUAGUUGUAUGUAUAUUGUAGAAAUGAGAUUCUUUUAGUGGAGAACUUGUGAUGUUCAAUCUUCACAUAUACAUACAUUUAACUAACAGAGACAGAUGUGACCUACUACACAGACUGGGCUGGGAAUAAACCUCAGUUUUAUUACGUACUGAUGUAAUAAUCCAUCUCAAACUUUACAAAUGUGUGACUCCCCUGUCUUAAAAGUGAGGCAUGGCAUUACUUUUGGUCCCCGGUUUGUAUUUGAUCCCAUGUGGAGUGUGCUCGAAGAACCCAGCAUCUAUUUAUGUCUGAACGUGUAAGGAAUGGCUGGAGUACGAAAAUACAUUUUCCUCUGUUGUGAUUGAAGAGGCCUUGUCCUGGUUGUCUCGAGGCUUAAAACAUUGACAUGUACAGUAUCUGUUUGCCUCGUAAAUUUAAGUUCUAUCAUUUAGGUUGCAGAGUAUAGAAGAAAUAGUUUGUAUCAAAAGCUAAAAAGACGUAUUUCUUGAAAGAUUUGUGAAUGUUUUUUUUUUCUGUUUGUUUUUUUGCCAUAGCGGUUUAAGUAUUUUAUUAUGGUCGUCAUCACAUUUUUUAUAUUGUCAACUGUUUUGUUAUUAAAAGAAGACAAACUUUCAA